ACUUCCCUUUGACUGGACGCUGUACACACGUGCUGUUGUUUGUGUCUAUUCAAGAAAAUGGCCUCAACCAAGAAAGUUGGAAUAUUGGUGGAAUUUAACUAUGAAGAUUUGGAGCUGUGGUACCCUCUGCUGCGACUGAGAGAAGCCGGGUACACUGUGAUUACAAUAUCUGGGGAGAAAGGAAAGAAGUACACCAGCAAACAUGGCUACCCAUGUGUAUCGGAUGAAGCCAUUGAGAACGUUUCAGUUGAGGACCUUGCUGCCCUGAUCAUACCAGGUGGGUUCUGCCCUGAUUACCUCCGGCGGGACAAGCGUAUGGUAGACCUGGUACGAGACAUGUAUACUGCAGGGAAACCAGUGGCGUCCAUUUGUCACGGUGCCUGGAUGUUCUGCUCGGCCAAGAUCCUGAAAGGGAAACGAGCGACCUGCUUCCAUGCCAUCAAAGACGACGUGGAGAAUGCUGGCGCUCUUUACGAAGACUCGCCCGUCGUGGUUGAUGGCAAUUUAAUCACCUCGAGGAUUCCGCAAGAUCUUCCAGACUUCUGCAAGGCAAUUCUGCAACAGCUCAGCAGUGAAUAAACAUCACCCGUUUUCAGUCCAAGAUGGCGGAGAUGGUCGUAGUCACGAAGUGAAAUAAUUUUCCAAAUAAUUAUUAUUUGAGAAACUUUAUUUUCAUAAUUGGUGAUUUUUGUUAAUGAUUUUCUAAGGAAAUAGGUAAGUUACAAUUGAUAUGAUCAGAUCAUGUUGAUAUUAAAUCUCACAAUUAUAUGAGAAUCGAAUGAAAAGGAAAUCAUUUGAAAUUGGAACUUUGUUGUAUCUAAAUUGAUCGUGUAAUAUGUCAUUUGUGAUUUUCUACACAACAUAGUUUUUGUGCCUGAUGCCAACGAAGUGGAAGUAGGUGUGAAAUAUGUAUUUCUACUUCAACACGUGAAUGAAUCUACAUGAGUUAUCAAUCGCAAAAAAUGUUUAAUGUUAUUUUUUUGGAUAUAGUAUUGCGGCCUGUAAAUAAACGAGCAAGGGCCAAUAAACAAGUGGUUAAUAUUGUGAGUACUGACCAACAUACUCGACGAUGUUGACUUUUUUUAUCACCAAAUCCGAUUACGUCACCAACCAGUAGAUUGGUUGGUUGGUUGGUUGGUUGUUUAACGCCGCAUUCAGCAAUAUUCCAAGGGACGUAUUCCAUACCAUGGCCUGAGUUGACUCUCUUGAUGUUCAGAAGAUAAAGGACAGUCGUAUAACUGCUUAAUCACUGAUGUGAUCGGGGUGGUUGGGUAUCUUAGUGGUUAAAGCCUUCGUCACGUCGAAGUCCUGGGUUCGAUUCCUCACAUGGCUACAAUGUAAGAAUCCCAUUUCUGGUGUCCCCCUCUGUGAUAUUGCUGGAAUAUUGCUAAAAGCGACGUAACACUAAACUCACUCACUCACUGAUAUGAUCACGUUGUCAGUAGUUGUAUACUUUCCAAAUGAUUCCAGAUGAUGUUUCUUACUGUGGUAGAAUGUAUCUCUUAAAUGCCAAUGUGAUUAAAAUGAUUUGUCAUGUUC